AUGACAUCCAAAGAAGUCGCCAAAUGUGAUGCAGUGGAAAACAGGAGGCGAAGUCCGCUGGACCACUUGCCGCCUCCUGCCAACUCCAACAAGCCGCUGACCCCAUUCAGCAUUGAGGACAUCCUGAACAAACCAUCUGUGAAACGAAGUUAUACAAUUUGCGGCACAGCUCAUCUAAUUUCGUCUUCUGAGAAACACCGUCCCUCCAGCAUCCCUCUGUCCAACCGGGGACUCCUCACCCAAACCUCCCCGCUCUGCGCGCUGGAGGAGCUGGCCAGCAAGACCUUCAAGGGGCUGGAAGUCAGCGUUUUGCAGGCUGCCGAAGGCCGGGAUGGGAUGACUCUGUUCGGCCAGCGAACCACCCCGAAGAAGCGUCGGAAGUCUCGGACGGCUUUCACCAAUCACCAAAUCUACGAACUGGAAAAGCGCUUCCUGUAUCAAAAGUACCUGUCCCCAGCCGACCGGGACCAGAUCGCUCAGCAGCUGGGCCUGACAAACGCGCAGGUGAUCACGUGGUUUCAGAACCGGAGGGCCAAGCUAAAACGGGACCUGGAGGAGAUGAAGGCCGACGUGGAGUCGGCCAAGGCCAUCGGCCAGGUCCCACUGGACAAGCUCGCCAAACUGGCGGACCUGGAGAAAUGCGCCAAUGGCACGCUGGGCCACCCGCGAGCCGAGUCCCCCGCGCGGGGAGGCCAGCAGGAGCACGAGCUCGCUCAGAAACUGAGGACGUCGCCGCUGUCUCCAUUCUCAGACCACACAACUAGUAAAGAGUGCUCAGAGGACGAGGACGUGGAGAUUGAUGUGGAUGACUGA